AUGACAACAGAAGAAAACUAAGAUUUAGAAAGUAUUGUAACUAAGCAGUGGCUAAGUUAUUCAGAAGAAGAAUACUUUGCUACGUACAUAGCUUUACCAAGAUUCAUUAAAGUUUUCAGAGGGAAAUUUUAAUAAAUAUUUAACAGAAGGACAUAUGCUAUAUUUAAUUUUUCUAUGUCUAUUGGAGAAAUAAUAGUUUUUCUAGGUGCUCUUGCAGGUCUUGGUGUUAAUAUGGGUCUUAGCUAUGGCAAUAAAAAUAAUUCUGGUAGUGCUGCAGGGAUAAAUCUUUUGGUUUGCAUAGUUUUUACAGUAAAAAAUUCUAUUUUAACUUUCCUUUGUGGGCUUUCAUACGAAAGAGGAAUAUUUUGGCAUAAAGUAUUUGGUUGGUUAGCUGUUUUAGGUGGAGUACUUCAUUUUUUGAGUACUGAUUACCAAUGGGAUGGAUGGUUUAUGCUAGGAAGUUUAUUUGGAAUGUUAGGCGUAAGUCUUUGGCCUAUUCGAUAUUUUCUUUAUGAAAUAUUUAUUAGACUUCAUUGGAUAGGUUUUAUAGUUGUAAUUGUUGGAAUUAUUCUCCAUGGAGUUGAUAUUGCUAUAUAUGGUCUAGGUUACUGGGGACUAGACUUUUUAAUAAAAUAAGCAGUAAUAUAUCGCCACUUAAAGAAUGCCCACUAAAUUAAAAUUGAAAAAGUGACCUCUGAUAUGGCAAAGAUUACUAUACUAGACAAUAAAAUUAAUUAUUAAGGUGGAUAAUAUUUAUGUAUAUGUAUACCUAAAUUAUCAUAUUUUUAGUGGCAUCCCUUUAGCAUAUAAUCUUCUUUUGGUGAGAAAAAGAUAGAAAUAUUUAUUAAAAAAUCUGGUAAUUGGACAAGAGAUUUGCUAGUUCUUGCUGAAAAGCUUAAUGGUGAGUAAACUAAAGCUUAUUUAUGUGGUCCUUAUGGAUUUCCUAGUAUAGAUAUUGCAAGUGAUUACUACAAGACUUUUGUUUUAAUUGGAGGAGGUAUUGGAAUCACUCCUAUUAUUAGUGUUUGUAAAUAACUCCUUGAAGAAAGAACAAAAGGUAGACCUAUUACUAAAAUUUACUUAAUAUGGACUACUAGAAGCAAAGAAAGGCACGAAGAUCUCUUAUCAGAAUAAUAUAUUGAAUCUAUUUUAUCUUUAGAAGACAAACAAAAAAAUCUGGUAGAAAGAUUCUAUCAUUUAUCUACCAGUAGUAAUAAUAAGAAAGAAUAAAAUAAUGUUAAUGAUACCUCAGAAAAUUAAACUGAAGUAAAAUUGAAUACUGAAGAUGGAAAGUUUAUUUUGUAAAGACCUGAUAUUAAACAAUAUUUGAAAACUAUUCAGGAAAUAGCAAAACAAAAUGAUGAAAGUAGAGUUGGAGUUAUGGUAUGUGGUCCUUCUGCUCUUAUUAGAUCAGUUUAAGAAAAAUCUAGUUCAGUAUCUAACUCUAAAGUACGCUUAGAUGUACAUGAAGAAGUUUUUGCAUUAUGA